AUGAAGCUGGUUAGAGGCGUCUGCCUUGCAUUGCAAUGGGAGUUCACUGAGGCUAGGUUGGCAGAGAUUGAUGAAUGCAUUGACUUCUUCAUUGACUACUGCAAAGCUCAGAGAGAUGCCAUGUGCUUGUCACUUUCGGUCUUCCGUCACGUAAUGCAUCAGCUUACACAUGUAGUGUGGAUGAUAAGAGAAAUGGGGCCAAUUGUAGCCUACUCCUCACGAAGUCAAGAACGAAGCAUUGGAAAGUUUGGUGAUUUGAUAACUGGCAAGUCAAGGACAGGCAAGCAAUCUUCCAACUUGAUUGAAAUUGUUGCAAUCAGAAAUCAGCUGAAAAGGGUCUUCGACUCAAAUGAGUUCCUCCAAGGCAUUCGACCACAGCCAUAUGCAUCCACCACAUACCUCAAUCAUCCAGAAUCUCUAACAAGCUCACAGUUGAGGGAACCUGAUCAAGAAGAGACAAAUUUGGAUCAUCAUUUUGGCUUCGAUGGUACUGAUCGUGCUGAACUCCAUGGUGUUCCAAUUGCAAGAUUCAAGCGUGCUUUGUCGAAAUACUAUUGCAAGAUAUUCUUACUUCAAAGGCUGAACAGUCCAUUGUCAAUGACCAUCAAGGUUGCCCAUCGUGCUCUAAUCGGUUCUACUGCCAUAGGAUCAGAAAUAUACAGAGAGAAGAUGCAUGAGUUUCGUAGAAGCAACCAUCUGGUCAUGUUUAGGUCAACUCGCCUCAAUCGACUUAACCACCCUGUCUCCUGUUGGUUUGUUUCGCGAGUGAUAUUCUUUUUCCAACAUGUCUAUGAUGGGUCGACCUACUUUUUGGCUUUCGUUGAAACCAUGAAAAAUCAUGGUGUUGCUUCUCACGACAGGUCUGUCCCUUUUGUUCGUAUGAAUGAGUCUGUCGAACAACAAAUUGCAAGAAGGGUGCCGAGAGUGAUUGAUCCUAAGUAUGCUGUCAUUUCUAUUGACGAUGUUGAGAUGCAAGUGGGAUUGGUGAAAUCUUUGGAUAACGACUUGCACUUUAGCGUCAUUGCAAACUACCAUCCGUUUGAACAAGAUAUGUCGAUCGAUGCUGGCGAUAUUCGCAACCUUUAA